AUGAGAAUUGCUUGCUUGUUUGCCGUGACUGUUUGCCUCGGUAUCCACAACAACUAUAGCCACCGAUUACAACGCCUUAUUGAACAAGACUUAUCCAGACCAGAGGAAUAUAGCGCUGAGGGCCACUAUUUUCUCCGUGUGUUGAAAAUACACCAAAUUUUACAGCGACUCGACAUCCCUGGCGACCCUGCAGAAGCUAUUGAGUUAAUGAAGCUCGCCAAGGAGAGCAAGGCGUACGGUGAUUACUUGUUCUUGUGGAAUUAUUUGAAGUUCACGAGUAGAAGUGAAGGUGGUGACUUAGACUUGAUGUCUGAAUUGGCUGUAAUGGUGACACUCUUAUCUCCUAGCUUUUUGCCCACAUUGCUUAACUCUACUUCUAACGCGAAGCUAAAACAAUACUAUAGUGCAGUCGUGAAUAUGAUUGUAGAGCAGGACAAUCGGAACGGGUAUGGAGUUGGCAAUAAUCAUGAUGAAGGAGUAUCAGGCAUUGAACACCAAUUAUUUUUUCAAGAAGACUGGAACUGGAAUUAUGUCGGUUCAAAAAACUGUCUUUCAAGGGAGGAAGCUGUAUUGAAAAAACUCCAUGAGCAUAGUAGAAUUGAACAAGCUUGA